AUGACCCUCAGCAUCCCCUUCCUCUCCAGUCUGGAGAGAAGACUGGACUCCAAGCUCGGCCUCCGCUCACCGCCCCACGAGCAAGGCCUCACCAUCGGCUCGCUCCUCCGCCGCUCAGGCAGCCUCAGCGGCCUCUACUUCGCCGGCGUCGAGGACCUGUGGCGCUCCACCCGCGUGCUGCUCAGCAACGCUGAGCAGAUCCACGAGUACCUGGCCGAAUUCAAGGGUAUCGGCGAGUUUGCGAGGACCGACAUCGACUACGCCCAGGUCGAUGGGGCCCCGCGGGGACAGGAUCCCUUCGAGCGGGCGAAACCCGUGUCCCGCCGGGAGAAAGAGCUCGUCAAGACGAAGCGAGCGCUGCUGCAGUCCGUCGUCAGCUUCCAGGCAGGCGCGGCGCACGUCUACAACGAGCUGCGGAUCUGCUCGCCUGAGGGGAACCGGUGGCCUGCGAUCUAUGGUCUGCAGGAGUACGACCCAUGGAAGAUGCUGCGCAACGAGGCAGCGCACUGCUACGGCUGCCAGCCAGAUACCAGCUUCGAGCACUUCGACAGCAGGAGCUGGUGGCUCAGGCUGCGGAAGCGGUUUGUGGAGGAGAAGGUGCUGCAGACGAUCCAGGACCUGGAGGGAUGCCUCUGGCGGACGAAGGAGGCGCUGCGGAAGAAAGAGAAGGAGGAGGUGGAGGCAGAGAGAACGGCUGCGGAGAGAGCGGCUGCGGAGGCUUCCGGGAACGUGCUCGCCCUAGUUCCCAGCGAGAAGUGCGAGCCUGAAGAGGCUCAGUGGGUGGUCGAGCCUGAGCCGGCACCGCCCGCAGGUCCUCGCUGGUUCAAGCGCUGCUUUCGCCGUCUCCGGACCGCUGUUGCGCGCGGAGUGAAUCGCGUUGGGAAGCGGAUGGCGAGGAGGGCGGGAGUGGGCCCCAUGGGGAAGUGGAUGGCAAAGAAGAGCAAGCCGUACGCUUCCCGCGGCUCGGACUGGGUAGACCAGUCAGAGGACUGGAAUUACCAGUGGGAGUCGGAUGCUUCGACGGUGGUGGAGGCGGUGGAGUCGAAGCCUUCAGUCUCCGCUUUCAAAAACGUCUGCAAGUGUGGGCGGGUCGAGGAAGAGCUCGGCGUGCAUGACUUCCUGGGCGCCGUCUUCAAGAAGACACAUGCAAGAUCGAAGAAGUCGGAUGACGCGAGGAGCAUAUACUGUUAGAGAAGACGUUGAGGUCGUGGACCGCGUAGUCGUCCGCCAAAUGGAGAGAGCAGAUGGCUUCUGGGAGGGGAAUCCGAUUCAGUUCCGCUAGCUAUCUAACCAAUAAUGCGUCAGCGUGCUUUCAAGAUGCACGUGCAGCUCCGCCUUGGGCAUGUUGAUAAUGAAGUCGCUGAGAGAUGUCAUGCCACUGUGGCACCGACGCAGGGCUCGGCAGCAGCGGAACCUUCGUUCAUCCUACCAGAUCUGGAUUCCAGCGGUUCGGCUGGCGGACGAAGGCGAUGUUAGAUCUUUCAAACCCUGUCUUCGAAUUCGAC